GUGUUUCCUCCUCCUCCUUGUGGGGCAGCCGCUCAACUGGGCCCCAGGUUGAGUCAGCCUUAGACUCUCACAGCUCUUCUCCAGGUCCCUGGAACUUGGCUGUCACUGGAGCAGGUCACCCUCCUACAGUUCCAACGCUAUACUGGACCCCUACAGGAAGCCACGUGUGCCCAGUGGGGGCACUGCUCCAGCUGAUGCCCCAGGGGGGGUCACACAUCUCCAGCAGGACUCUGGGCCCUGCCCUCCCACCUCAUGGCACAGGAAUCAGAGCUUGAGGUGGAUACACUCUUGGACCUCAGUUUCCUGACAGAGGAAGAGCAAGAGGCCAUUGCUGAUGUCCUGAAGAGAGAUGCCCAUCUUCGCCAGCUGGAGGAGGGGCGGGUCAGCAAGCUUCGGGCCUCGCUGGCAGACCCUGGGCAGCUGAAGAUCCUGACAGGGGACUGGUUCCAGGAAGCACGCUCCCAGAGGCACCACCAUGCCCACCUUGGUUCUGACCUUGUCCGAGCCUCUAUCCGCAGGAAAAAGGGUUCCAGAGGAGACCAGACUCCAGGCAGAGACAGGGAGCCUGAGGCUGCUGGGGAAGGGGACAAUGAGGAGCUGGAGCCCAGGCUCCCCAUAGACAACGCCCCCCAAGAGAGGCUCAGCAAGGCUGAGGUUUCAGAUCAUAAGGAGGAGCCCAGGGUCCAGGAAGGUGACUGGGGCGGCUGCAGGAGGGCCGGUGUGUGGCCGCCCCACAGCAGCACUGAGGUCGGCGCCCAGGAGGCGGAGGCGGACCCGGAGCCGGAGCCGCCGUCGCCACCCGCAGAGGACUCGCUGCCCCCGCCAACCCAGACCCAGCUUGCAUCCCAGAACCUGGAGAACGGGGAGGAUGCCUCAGGGCCCAGCCGCUCGCUUGACCGCAUGCUCAGCAGCAGCUCGUCGGUGUCCAGUCUCAACUCCUCCACGCUGAGCGGCAGCCAGAUGAGUCUGUCGGGGGACGCGGAGGCCGGCAGCGUGCAGGUGCGGGGCUCCGUGCACUUGGCGCUGAGCUACGAGCCGGGCUCCGCCGAGCUGCGCGUGCACGUGAUCCAGUGUCAAGGCCUCGCCGCCGCGCGCCGCCGCCGCUCCGACCCCUACGUCAAAAGCUACCUCCUCCCGGACAAGCAGAGCAAACGCAAGACCGCGGUGAAGAAACGGAACCUGAACCCAGUCUACAAUGAGGUCCUCAGGUACUCCGUCCCGCAGGCCGAGCUCCCGGCGCGCGUGCUGAGCCUGUCCGUGUGGCAUCGCGAAAGCCUGGGCCGCAACAUCUUUCUGGGUGAAGUCGAAGUGCCCCUGGACACGUGGAACUGGGACUCCGAGGCUACCUGGCUCCCCCUGCAGCCCCGGGUCCCGCCCUCUCCCGACGACCUUCCCAGCCGAGGGCUGCUCUCGCUGUCCCUCAAGUACGUUCCUGCUGGCUCCGAGGGUGCGGGUCUCCCCCAGAGCGGGGAGCUACACUUCUGGGUGAAGGAAGCGCAAGACCUUGUUCCACUCCGCUCAGGAUCCCUGGACACGUACAUACAAUGCUCAGUGCUGCCCGAUGACAGCCGGGCCAGCCGCCAAAGAACAAGGGUGGUGCGACGCAGCCUCAGCCCUGUGUUCAACCACACCAUGGUUUAUGACGGAUUUGGGCCUGCUGACCUGCGCCAGGCCUGCGCCGAGCUCUCCCUCUGGGACCAUGGGGCCUUGGCCAGCCGCCAGCUGGGGGGCACACGCCUCAGCCUGGGUACAGGCAGCAGCUAUGGGCUCCAGGUGCCCUGGAUGGAUUCCACACCCGAAGAGAAGCAGCUAUGGCAGACUCUCCUGGAGCGACCAUGUGAGUGGGUGGAUGGUCUUCUGCCUCUCAGAACCAACCUGGUUCCUAGGACAUAGCUGUCCUGUAGCCCUACCUAACUCAUUUCUCUGGAUUCCCAUCUCAGGGCCUGCCCUUGGCAAAAGUCAAUAAAGUCUAUUAAGGGCA